GAUGGUUUAUAAAUGAAAAGGUGCUAAAAACACGGUGCCGAAAUGGAGAUCGACUCCCUUCAUUCGGAUUUACGUAAGCGGCUCGACGUGCUCGGUUUCAGCCAUCCGCUACCGUUGGGUGCGAUCGGAAUAGUCUCUGCCAUUCUGGACGAUUUGAUCAAAACGUCCGAAAAGCUGAAGACUUCCAAGCAGCAAAUCAGUCAACUGCAUCAGGAGAAAGCUGCCUGGGAACUUGGAGCCGAGCCAUACAAGUGUGACAAUUCCCGUUUGCUAGCCGAGUGUAAUGAGCUGCACUUGGAACUGGUGAAGCAGAGGGAUAAAUUUGUUCUGGCCAACACCGAGCUCAAGUGUCGGGUGCGAAACUUGCAAACAGAUAAGAAGCAACUCGAGGAACGAUGCCUGCAAGCGGAAGCUAAGAUUCGUCAGCUACAGUAUGGCGAUAAUAAAUCCAAGAAGGAUGGUGUAAAUAUGCAACGGAAACCAUUCGUAUCCACUGUACGGCCAGGCCAGUAUCAACCGUCGACGUGCUGUGGCAUUGAGAAACGCGAAAGUAAAUGCUGUUGUCCCUGUAAUCAAGCUCGUAAGGCGGAUAUACUGCACGAAAUCGAGCGAUUACAGGUUGAAACCAAAAACCAGGAGGAAGUGAUAGAGGCGUACAAAAAGCAGAUUGAUUGCCGGGAUCGAGAAAUUCAGCGCCUGGGAGCAUUGUUCUCCGGUGGUCGACCAACAGCUGCCCUCGCAAAGGACUGCUGCUACCGGAACGUGAAUACUCUGGCAGAGGAUGUUAAGAGCCUCCAGGAGGAGAAAGCUUCGAUGCAAAACAAGCUGGGUGAAGCGUUGGAGAGUCAGCAAAAUGCUAGCAAGAAAAUUCAAAAGCUUUCCGACCGUAACAAACAGUUGGAACAAGAGUUGAAGGAAAUUGAGAACGUCGCUCUGAGUGUCGAGUCCGAAGCUAAUUUGAACAUUUUGGAUAAAGAUAGGCAAAAUUCUGACCUACAGAUUAGACUGCAACGAUCAAGCAUGAGAAUAAAAGAGUUGGAAACAUUGCUGGAUGCGAGAACCUCUGGCUUCACACCGACAAGUUCAUCGGCGUCGGCAUGCUCUUUGGAUUCAACUUUGCAAAAUGCCCUCAAGCAAGCAAAUGAAGAGAAACGUGCUUUGUAUAAGCAAUUGAACGAAUUGAAACAACGAGAGCAAACAUUCCUAACAGAUUAUGAGAAAAUUAAAUCAAAGUAUUCCAAAUUGAAGCUAAAACUCUCCAAUCAAACCGCGUAUAGCGCGGUGGAUUGCGGCGGGCGGGACAAUCCUGAGCUCACCGAGCUGAAACUGAAAUGUUCCACUUUGGAAGAUUCGUUAAAGCAGGUGGAAGUCAAACGGGAUCAGCUCAGCAAUGAAAUACAACAGUUACGAGAAAGUGUGACCAAACUUAGAGGCGAAAGCAUUGACAAAGAUCUCCGGAUAGCUCAGUUGGAGAGUGAAUUGUGUUUGCAGAAAAAAACGACAGUCGCAGCACCGGCACGCUUGCGAACUGCUGAUUCGGCUAUUUCCGGUCAGACGUCACUCUCCGUCCAAUCGGCGUUUCAUCGAGUCGAACGGGAAAGGGAUGCUGCCAGAAGAGAAGUUCAACAGUUGGAAAUUGAAAGGGAUUCGCUGAGGAAUAAACUAAAGUUGGCUACUAAGAGCCAAAUAGAUGAACAAGCUAAGCAUGAGGAAAUCAUAAUCGGGUACAGUUCACAGAUUGCAAAAUUGGAGGUUGAAAAGCGGGAUCUGAUGUGCGGACAAAGUUCUUCCCAGACUACAUUGCAUUUACUGAAAGAGGAGAAUCGAGAACUACAAGAGCGAUUGAAAGAUGUGGAAAGUAGUUUCAGUAAAUUGAAGAUCAACAAUUCGCAGUUGAAGAUUUUGCAAGAGCAAACGGAAAGAGCUAUGAUGCAACAUCAGAACAGACUGGUCUGUUCCGAAAAUCAGUUGGGCAACGCUGAAGCCAAACUGAACCAGGUGGAUGGAACGGUCGAGAGUGCGCAGAAGGAUAUUGGUAAAUUGCGAGGAGAUAUCAGUGUUCUGAAAGCAUCGAACGCUUCGUUGCAGCGAGAGAAGGACAAAUUGCUGAUGGAGCUCGAUAAAAAAACGGAAAAGUUAUUUACAGUUGAAGCGGAGUUGAACAAUCUGAAAACGAAAAAAUCGGAAAUGAGGGGCACUAUCGAUCGAUUGGAAAAGAAACUCGAGAAUGCUAGCGUGGACAACAUCCAGAAAGACAGCAACCUGCGCAGUGUGGCAACGGAAACUGAUACGCUCAGAAAACAGGUGGCGACACUGAAGCGUUCGCACGAUAACGCUGUUGCGGAAAAUGGACGUCUAUCGAAUGAUCUGAGCGGCACUGCUUCGGAGCUGACGCUAACGAAGCGUAAGCUUGUCGAUUGCCAGAAGGAGGUGGAGCGCAUGAAGUCACAGCUACGUGAAUAUGUUCAGGAGAUUCAGCGUGCCGAAGAGCUGCUAUGUAUUAAGGAACGCGAGCGUGGAGAGAUGCUGGAACAUUACAAAUCGCUUUCCGAAGGAGUGAAUAUGCUGGAAGUAAGCAACCAAACGUUGGAAGUCGAAACUGCGGAAGCCAAAAAGUUGCUUCAGGAAGCGGAAGGUCGCAUCAACGGGCUGCAACAGCAGGUCGGAUUACGCCAAGCGGAAAUCAAGACAUACGAGGGGCAGACUAAUGGGCUGUCGGCGACCAUUGUUUCGUUGGAGACUGAUAUUGCAUGUCUUAAGGAGGAGAACCAUAACCUUCGUGAGGAUCUGGAAGCGACGAAGGAACUGUGUAACAAGUUGGAUCUGCAAAAAGAUAAGUUGAAUGCUGAGUUAGAAGAACACUCGAACAUUCGCGAACAGUUAAACAAGGAAAAUGCAACACUGAAACGACAGCUGUCGUUGGCUAAAACAGGAGAUAAGGCAGCGGUGGAUGGUUUGCAGGAAUUGCUUGCUGCUAGCCGGUCGGAAGUAGAGCAGCAGAGGAUUGUUACCAAUCAAUUGAACCAAGAAGUGAAGACAUUGAAGGAACAGGUGGAUGAGUUGAGUUUAAAGUUGGAUGAAGAACAACGCAACGCUGCUAGAAGUGAAGCCCUAGCAAGUGAGUACAGCGUUCAGUUGCAAGAGCUCAGGCGAAUGAUUACCGACGAUCGAUUCGCACAAGUGCAGUCAAGAGAAGAGGAAGAUUAUAAUAGGUAUUCCACAUUUUGAUGACAAUCCAAAUAAAGUUUACUGCCAUUUUUUUUAUAAAGUAUUAUGCUAAUAGCUUAUUACAAUUAA